AAGGAGGAGUCAGUGGUUAGCGCUCUCCACCACAUCCUUAUAUCGCCACACACCCGGUCGGAGUGAGGAAACUCCCGAGCAGAAUAUUUUGCGAYAGAGGAUUUCUACAAUGUUCAGCUAAAUGAAGGAGUCAAAAGCCCAAACACCUCGGACUCGUUCUGCGUGGCAUCCCAGGCGUGCACAGCUAGUCACAAAAGCAGUGGUACCUCCAGUUUAGCCCUGCCCAGCCUCACACACCCCACMGGCCUGGCUCAAGGAGGGAGGGAAAAUAAGAUUGUUGAUAGUGUGGGUUCAAUAGUUGUUGCUUUACAAGUGUCACGAAUUCUGGUUAUUGUUUUCAGUGCAAACAGCUUUUGAAAGACUGCCCAGAAUUGGUUUCGAAUUUGGCGUUUGUUUCCGUAGACUAAAGAGGCACGAGUGCUCACAAGCUAGUAACGUUAGCGACACAAGACAGCAGACGAGUUYCAUCCCUCCAGACGCAACUUCGAGAGGCCAUUCAAUGUGCCUACAUUGGACUAUUUCCGAUAAUGCAACAGCCUGUCAUAUUUUACGGAUCAGCUUUAUCGCAUUGAGCAACAUAACACACAUGUGYAACGGGGAACCAUAUAAUAUUUGCCAAGCUAGCUAGUAAGCUAGCCAUCUUGCUAGACAGGUCAGCUUCCUUGUAUCAAAUGGCAAACUGUCUAGUACUAGUAACUAACGUUAAUGAUGGCUGGACUGCUUUGUCAGAACUAUGGAAAUGAAAACGUUAGUUUGUUUUAAAGUACGUUUUUUUUUUAGAUUAUUAGCAAACCGUAUAUAAUUUGAAAAGACAUUGACUCCAAACACGGAAGCUAGUUAUUAUCGUAUUUUUUAAAUGUAAUCUAUCACAUUUGAGUCGCUGAGAGCCAACAAAAGACUCAAUUUUGGAUAUCAAUUGACGAGACGAAUUAUUUCUGUGUCCCUGGUUUUAACUGGAUUUGGCCUCCCCUUUUGGUUCGACGCGGGAGCAGCGGGAUUUCGACGUCCACUCAUCUGUCACGUCGAUAUUUGUAUACAUUUUCCUAUCCCUCCACAACCUUUCYCCGUUUCUCUCUCCGAUGCGGAGUGCUGAGUAACGCCGGCAACCAAAUCGAUAACGGCGGCCGGACAUGCUGAAGUGUAUCCCUUUGUGGCGUUGUAACCGCCACGUCGAGUCGGUGGACAAGCGACAUUGUAAUUUGCAAAAUGUCCCCGACGAGAUAUUUCGCUACAGCCGCAGUCUGGAGGAGCUUCUCCUCGACGCUAACCAACUCCGAGAACUACCCAAGCCUUUCUUCAGACUUCUGAACCUGCGGAAACUGGGUCUGAGUGACAAUGAGAUCCAGAGGCUCCCUCCUGAGGUGGCCAACUUCAUGCAGCUGGUGGAGCUUGACAUUUCCAGAAACGACAUUCCUGAGAUCCCCGAGAGCAUUAAGUUCUGCAAGGCAUUGGAGAUUGCAGACUUCAGUGGAAACCCCCUCUCCAAGUUGCCUGAUGGUUUCACUCAGCUCAGAGGGCUCGCCCACCUGGCCCUUAACGACGUGUCAUUGCAGACACUGCCCAACGACAUAGGAAACCUGGCCAACCUGGUGACGCUGGAGCUCAGGGAGAACCUGCUCAAGUCCCUGCCCACGUCACUCUCUUUCCUGGUGAAACUGGAGCAUCUGGACCUGGGCAGCAAUGAACUGGAUGUGUUGCCGGACACACUUGGUGCUCUCCCUAACCUACGGGAGCUGUGGUUGGACCGCAACCAGCUCUCCUCUUUGCCACUAGAGCUGGGGAACCUGCAGAGACUAGUGUGUCUAGACGUGUCAGAGAACCGACUGGAGGAGUUGCCCUCGGAGCUCAGCGGSCUGCUGGCCCUCACUGACCUGCUGCUCACACACAACCUCCUGGAGGUGGUGCCCGACAGCAUAGGCUCUCUGAAGCAGCUGUCCAUCCUGAAAGUGGACCAGAACCGACUGACCCACCUGAGUGACGCCAUAGGAGAGUGUGAGAACCUGACGGAACUCGUACUGACCGAGAACCUCUUACAGACUCUGCCUCGCUCGCUGGGCAAGUUGAAGAAGCUGACCAACCUGAAUGUGGACCGCAACCGGCUGGGCGACGUGCCUGAUGAGCUGGGUGGUUGUGCCAGCCUCAACGUGCUCUCCCUCAGAGACAACCGCGUGGCGAAAUUGCCCRCUGAGCUGGCUGACGCCACCGAGCUCCAUGUUCUGGACGUGGCAGGGAACAGGUUACAGAACCUGCCGUUUGCCCUGGCCAACCUCAACCUGAAGGCCAUGUGGCUGGCAGAGAACCAGUCCCAGCCCAUGCUCAAGUUCCAGACGGAGGACGACAAGAGCACCGGGGAGAAGGUGCUCACCUGCUACCUGUUGCCCCAGCAGCCCUCCCCCAGCCUGGAGAACCUGCUGCAGAACGGUGUGGACGACAGCUGGAUAGACAGCAACCUGAACCGGGUGUCAGUUAUCCAGUUCCAGGAGGAGACUACCAAGCAGGAUGAGGACGAUGAGGCGGCUGCAGAGCGCAGGGGUCUCCAGCGCCGGGCGACGCCCCACCCCAGUGAGCUGAAGGUCAUGAAGAAGGUGAUUGAGGAGAAGAGGAACGAGGCCCACAUAUCCAGUCCUGAUGGAGAGCCAGAGUCUCCUGGUACUGAGGAGAAACGACUGAGCAAUCUGUCCAAUCAGAGCCACGACUCUGCGGCRUCCAACAGCACAGCCUCUGCCAACUCUCACGAGGAGAGACGGUGCAUGAUUACCACAGCGAGGGAGAGCCUAGUGAGUGGGCGUGGUGAGGAGGAGGAGCUAGACGAGAUGGAGGUGGAGUAUGUAGAGCCCACGGUGCACUUUGCAGAGGAGCCCAUAUACCGGGGUGGGAUUGAGGACGGUGAGGAUGAGGAGGGUGGGGACGGGGUCCCAUGCAGCGACCWAGAGGAACAGAGGCCCCAGUUCCCUACGGAGAAGCAGCGUCUGAUCAGGAAGGACACGCCGCACUACAAGAAGCACUUCAAGAUUACCAAGCUGCCAAAACCCGAGGCGGUGGCCGCGUUACUGCAGGGCUUCAGCCCCGACGYWCACCUGGCCCAACACCCCACCUCGCACCACCCUGACCCSGAGGAGGAGGAGGAAGAGGAGGAGUGUAUGGUUACUCCACAGCGCCACAACAGAAUAGAAGAGCCAGAGCAGGAGGAUAGGAGUCUGCUUCAUGUCAACUCUUCCCUGCAGCCGGUCAAGGGGGUGUCAUUUGAUCAAGUCAAUAAUCUCCUGAUUGAGCCUGCUCGAAUUGAGGAGGAAGAGCACACCCUGACCAUUCUACGGCAAACUGGGGGCCUGGGCAUCAGCAUAGCCGGAGGACAGGGAUCCACACCCUACAAGGGGGAUGAUGAGGGAAUUUUCAUCUCCAGGGUGUCUGAAGAGGGCCCUGCAGCGCAGGCUGGGGUCAAAGUGGGAGACAAACUCCUAGAGGUGAAUGGUGUGGUUCUCCAGGGGGCAGAGCACCACACGGCGGUAGAGGCCCUGCGCAGCUCGGGCUCCGCCGUCUCCAUGAGCGUCCUCCGGGAGCACAUGGUGGAGCCGGAGAACGCCAUCACCACCACACCGCUGAGGCCCGAGGACGACUACUUCCCCCGGGAGAGACGGGCCAGUGGCCUUCCCUUCUGCAUUGAGGCAGGCUCCCCCGCAGGCCUCCGACACAGGCUGUCUACCUGCCUGGCCCGCAACGACAAGGGUCUGGGCUUCAGCAUUGCYGGGGGCAAAGGCUCCACAGCCUACCGCACAGGGGACAUGGGGAUCUACAUCUCGCGGAUCGCAGAGGGAGGGGCGGCCCACAGAGACUGCACACUCCGAGUAGGGGACAGGGUCAUCACCAUCAAUGGUGUAGACAUGACAGAGGCCAGGCAUGACCAGGCAGUAGCGCUGCUUACCGGCACCUCUCCYACAAUUGCUCUCCUGGUGGAGCGUGACCAGGCCGAGCCGGGCACCGCAGGGGGCUCCCCGGGCCUGUCCCGUGCCCGCGCCCACUCCCCCCCACCUCCAGAGCCCUCUGACUCACCCGACCAGGAAGAGGGCAACGACGACUCGAGCCUCUUGCCACACGGGAACCACCUGAGCCAGCCGCUGGAGGACGAAUACCCCAUCGAGGAAGUGGCGUUGGUGAAAGCGGGCGGCCCCCUAGGACUGAGCAUCGUGGGAGGCAGUGAUCACGCCAGUCACCCGUUCGGCAUCAAYGAGCCUGGCGUCUUCAUCUCUAAGGUGAUCCCCCAUGGCUUGGCRUGUCAGAGUGGGCUGCGGGUGGGGGACAGGAUACUGGAGGUGAAUACCACCGACCUGCGCCACGCCACCCACCAGGAGGCUGUUAGAGCCCUGCUCUCCAACAAGCAGGAGAUCCGCAUGCUGGUGCGCAGGGACCCCUCGCCUCCCGGGAUGGAGGAGAUAGUGAUCCAGAAGCAGCCUGGAGAAAAGCUGGGCAUCAGCAUCCGCGGCGGUGCCAAGGGCCACGCUGGCAACCCCUUCGACSCCACCGAUGAGGGCAUUUUCAUAUCCAAGGUGAGCUCCAGCGGUGCGGCGGCCAGGGAUGGCCGUCUGCUUGUGGGCAUGCGGAUCUUGGAGGUGAGUAACCACAGCCUGCUGGGCAUGACCCACACGGAGGCUGUACGCGUGCUCCGCGCCGUGGGAGACACCCURGUCAUGCUGGUGUGUGACGGCUUCGACCCUGGCAACGCUGCCGCUAUAGAGGCGUCACCGGGCAUCAUCGCCAACCCGUUUGCAGCAGGCAUCGUGCGUAAGAACAGCAUGGAGAGCAUCUCCUCUAUCGACCGAGACCUGAGUCCCGAGGAGAUGGACAUCCUACAGAAGGAGGUUGAGAUGGUGCGAGAGACGUCCCAGUGGGAGAGAGAAGAGAUGGAGAAGGUGGAGCGCAUGCGCUUGGAGCGUGAGGAGGAUACUCGCCUGCUAGAAGAGGAGACCGAGAACCUGGGCGCCGGGCCUCUGAAACUGGACUACCGGACGCUGGCCGCACUGCCCACCACCGCUCUGCAGAAGGUCAACAGGUUAUCUCCUUCUGUCAGUGCAACUGCCCCCAUGGAGGCCCCCAUGCAGGCCCAAUGUUCUUUCACCUUAGAGCCCCUGGGUUUUGACCUGGGGCAGCCCCCCACCUCCCUCUUCCAUGUGGACCCCCAUGCUCUACCUCAGUCCUGCCCCAUUAUGAACACCGAGACAGGGCCCCUCUACAUGUCCCAGCACUCUCCCAGUCCCUUGAUAACCGCCUCCAAUCAAGAAGCAGCUAGACAAGAAGCCCUGCCUACCGGUGAAGACGAGGAGGWGGUGGUUCUGGUGGACUCMCAGCCAAUCAAUUUCACCGAGAACCCCUUYCUGGUGGCCAAUCGCAGGGGCAAGGGGUGCCCCCCCUCUGAGCGCAUCCUAUCAGGGCCUCCCGUGGGCUACGGGAGCGCGGGCAAACUGCAGCCCUGGUUAUUCAGCAAGGCAAGCAACCUGCCUGCCUGCCUGUGUGGGUUUGAGCCAGCAUGGUGUGUGGCGCUGUGGCCUGGUGUAGGAUUAGCAGUUCCUUUUUCUCCCGUCUCUUUCUCUGUCUGUGUGURUUCUCAGGCGCCYUCCACUGAGSCCCCCAGGACAGACAGUCCCAUKAGAGACGCYCCCUACUCACCAAGCACACAACCGGCAAGCAUUCAUUUCACCCCUACUGCACUGCCUGCCAAGGAGGAUAUCUCACCACUGAGUCCCUAUGAGACAAGGCCAGGUGCCAUCCAGCCCCUCUCCCGUGGUGGCGGGCGGCCGAUCACCUCGCCAGCCACUCCGGACGGGCACAGCAGUCCCAAUCCCUUCCAGCAUGGCCCCUCCCCCAUCAACUCUCAGACCUUUCUGCAGCCUCGUGCCCCCUCCCCCGACACGAUCGAUGAGUUCCCCCUAAACCCCAAGCAGGGAUACAAGGCAUUCGCCGCCGUGCCUCACUCGCUGGCCGUGCUGGAGCCUCCCCCACAGGAUCUGUUUGGCCAGAGGAACAACAUCCAACCCAAUCAGCCUUCCCCUUCUCCAGAGCCUGAGCUGAACAACGAGGUGUUUGAGGUAGAGGGGGCCGGGGGAAUGGGUAUGGGUCAGGCAGCCCCCGUCUCUCCCCGCCCCUUCCUCUCCUCUGACUGUCAGGACUAUAUGAGUCUGGCAGCAGUGCCACGCCUCUCCAGAGUCUCCAUGGACAUGGUUGUAAAGACUCCAUCACCUGGGGGCAGAGACAACCAGGAGCAGMGCUCCUUCAGGGACAGACAGAAGUACUUUGAAAUCGACACGAAGCAGCAAACGCYCGACACCAAGCCCAAAGGCCGCGUGUCCCUGGUUGGAGCAGACGACCUGAAGAAGAUGAGGGAGGAGGAAGAGAGGAGAUUCGAGCAGCGGGCACGGGAGUACCUGAUGGAUGAAGAUGACGAGGAGGAGGAUGACCUGGUGAAGCAGAUGGGAGUGUUGAAGGCCACGGGCAAAGUGCUGCUGGACGGGGUGGAGUACAAGGUGGAGCCUGUAGCCACCCCCAGCAGGCACUGUAACACGCCCCCCAGCUACAGCACCACACCCCCUAGCUACUGUGGCAGCUCAGGGCCMUCGUCAGUGGAUGGUAAAGGAGACUACCAGAGGAAUUCCUUAGAGGAGAGCUUCAGGCUGGAGCAGCAGAGGCCCAACUCCAUGACUGGUCUGAUCCCAGUGUACCCUGGAGAGUCGGGGGCUCCCAUCCGGACGGCCAAGGCAGAACGGAGGCAACAGGAGCGGCUGAGGAUGCAGAGUCCAGAGCUGGCCCCGGCCGGAGACAAGGACCUGUCCCCCGCCGAGAAACGGGCUUUGGAGGCCGAGAAGAGAGCCAUGUGGAGGGCAGCAAGGAUGAAGUCUCUGGAGCAGGAUGCUUUGAAGGCUCAGAUGGUCAUCGCUAAGUCCCGGGAGGGAAARAAGCGUGGCACACUGGACCAGCUGGCCGAGUCGCCCUCGCCCGCCCCCACGCCAUCCCCCACCCCUCUGGAAGAUUUCAGUCCACAAGGAGUGACGUCACCAGGCAGACUGUCCCUGUCGGAAAAGAAGUUUGACUACCGACAGUUUGCUGCCAUUCCUUCUUCCAAACCYGUAUACGACAUCCAGUCCCCUGACGUGGUCGAUGACAUUCAGUUCAUUGACGAUGGCUCCAGUAACCCAGUGUAUGCUGCGGAUCSCGGGACUGAGGUGCCCCCUGCCACCUCGGCGCUGGAGAUGGCCCUCUACAGCAACAAGCGCAAGCUGAGGCAAGGCUGCCGCAGCCUGGAGACCGCCGUGCCCACAUAACACCUCACACACAUCKACCACAAGAGACUCGGGAGACAUACAUACACAGAGGAGGCACCGGGUCACUACACACACUCACAGGUUUGGGAGAUGCGUCCCAUGUAACCACUGCAGAGACCAUGAUGCUGAUAGUCAACACACACACACAAUGUCAUAUCCUGCGUGCCAGUCUUGCCUUUACAGUCUGAGGAUGUGUUGGCCUGAACAUGAGGCCCAAUGUUCCUGAUGCCAGGGAGGAGGAGGGCCGGUGAGGGGAGCUAGCGUUUACGCUUCAGAAAUACCAUUCUCUUUUUUUAAAUUUGUGUUCUUUUUCUUCAGUUUACGUUUUAGUAGCUGAAUUAUAUUAACAGGCGACUUAUGUUUUUACUUUUGACCCUGUGAUUUUUGCUGUUUUAAAGGAAAAAUGUGUUCUGGAAGAGAAAGAGRAAAGAAUAUGAAUUGUGCAGAUGUAAUACUAACUUUUCAGAUGCUAUUUUUGAGGUUUUCAAUGAAUAGAUUGUGAAAUGUCAGGGUUUUUAGCGGGCUUYGGGAGGGGGUGUAUAUAUUGGGAACAUACUGCUACCUUCACUACCACAUUUUAAACACUACAUACAUAUAUAUCUCAACUGCACUAGCACACUGCUUAGAAAACAAGAUGUUUCAUUUUAAAUCUUAAAUUUUGCUUGUAUUUUAUUACUCGAUUCUAAAGCCUCCCCCGUAAUACAUUGUUACCCCCUGUACUUUUGAGUGCAACAGAACAAUGCAUAUCAUUUUAUUUAUCAUAAUGACAUCAAUGCAUAUCAUGAUAUCAUAUUAAUUCAAAUGUACAUCUUAUGAGGCAAGCACAUGUUUAAUCCAUAUCACCAAGAUAUUUUCUUUUACAAUGAAUAMAUUUGUUUUCACUUUGAUGCACAGGCCUUAACCAGGUUYUGACUGGUACAUUACAAGGGACAUGCUGUCACAGACUUGUAGGAUACUGAUCCCAGUACAGUUUUUGAUCUCGGCGGAUCAGAGUAAAGGUUCUCUAGCUUUCCUGGACCAGGUUUAUCAAAUUCUGUCCCAUUCCCAUKCUAGAGAAUGUAACUACACUGGAGAGACCAGCAGAGAGACAUACACCCACACACAUGGACAGAUAAGCCUCUAGUCUUUAUUCAAAAUGGCUGUAAAUUUAGGAACAUAAUCUCAGCUUCAUCUCCAUUUACAUAUACGGUACUUUCCCUGCCCUUUUGGUGGGCAUCAUUUGUCAAUGUGAAUCUCACUUCUAUCUGGAUGGUUUUCCAGAUUUUUACCGGUGAAGGUAGCAGGUGUUUGCUUUUUUAAAAUCUGCCUUUGGUUAAUUUAAAUCUGACACCCACUGAAAAUCCUUUAUUGUUGUGUGAAUAAUGUACAAAAUACUGAAUGGAAAGCAAAACUUAAGGUUGAAAUUGAGCCAGUCUACUAAGCCAAGACCAAGCAAGUGUCUGGACUGGGGAGCUCUCUCCCUUCCUCUCUCUYUCUCUGCAUGUACAAUAUAUUGGCUUUACUGGGAGAACCUGUAGAGGCAGAAGACAUUUUGUUAAUCCAUUUGAAAUGCAUCUCAUUCGACCAUCAUUCUCAAUCUCUUUCCUCUGCUUUACCUGCUGCUGUCAUGGAUGUUAUCUGAUGGCAACUUUGUUGGGAGAGUCAUGACAGUAGCACUCGUGUUUAAUUUAAUGUACUAAUCAUAUCUUUCUGUGUUGCUUUGGCUGACUGAAAUUCAGUUAGGAUGAUAACAUUUGCUAUUGGUUGACAAUGUUUUAGUUUUUUUUUUUUUUUACUGUAGUGGGUAAAACUUUCCAGACAAAAUGGGAUUCACAACAUUUUUUUAUGCAAAACAACUGUUGGAACUUUUUUUGGUUACACUCUUAUUAUUUUGGGGGAAUGUUUUUCCCAAACGAGUCAGAGGGAAAGGGUAGAAGUGCUGGGGUCAAGGCUCAUCUAAGACUGUAACUAGUGAAUUUGUACAACCAAAGAGGUCUAUUUUGUGGUUCAGGAAUAAAAAAGUUUACUUUUCAUUUAACAAGCUGA